AUGCCACCAAAGAAAAAAAGCACACAAGGGAACACGAGUUUGGCACCUUCACAAGUCCAAACAACACCAGCGGAGUACGAAGGACCUUUUCAAGAAGUCAUGACACGAACAAUAGAAAACAUUAACAACUUUUUUACAAAACUUGAAAGGAGAGAGAGUUUUAACUUGAUGGAUUCGGCGACGUACAACGCAAUGAUCGCAGACUUUUUCAUGGAAACGGACAGCGUUAAUGCGUAUGGAGAGUGCGACUAUUUGGCUCGAUAUGUAGAGAGUCGAAUUCAAAGGUUUUUUGAGUCCUUCAAACAAGGGCUGAAGGACGCUCCCCUCCAGUCGUUGCUUAAAAAGUUCCAAUAUCAAA